AGGUAAGAAACUGAAACAGCUUUGCACUUGAUGUUCUGAAUUCUGAUUCCAUUCCGCGAAGCUCUGACAGACGUGCUAGAUGGCGGAAGCCGAGUCGAAGCAAAGGAAGCCCGGGGCUCGCCUCUGUUGCAUUUGUAGCCAAAGAAGGCCCGCCCUAAAAAGGCCUAAAACCCUAGAGCAGAUAUGCAGGGAGUGUUUCUAUGAGGUGUUUGAAGAGGAAAUUCAUCAGGUGAUUGUGCAGAACCAACUUUUCAAGCCUGGUGAGCGAGUCGCUAUUGGUGCCUCUGGUGGAAAAGAUUCUACUGUUCUUGCCUAUGUGUUAUCAGAACUUAAUCGGCGACACAAUUAUGGCGUUGAUCUUUUCCUCUUGUCAAUUGAUGAAGGCAUUACAGGCUACAGGGAUGAUUCACUUGAAACUGUCAAAAGAAAUGAAAUCCAGUAUGGGCUGCCAUUGAAGAUUGUUUCAUACAAGGAUUUGUACGGAUGGACUAUGGACGAAAUAGUGAAAGUCAUUGGUUUAAAAAAUAAUUGCACGUUUUGUGGUGUUUUUCGGCGCCAGGCCCUUGAUCGAGGAGCUGCAUUUUUGAAAGUAGACAAGGUUGCUACUGGACAUAAUGCAGAUGAUAUUGCUGAGACUGUACUCUUAAACAUAUUACGAGGUGAUAUUGCCAGGUUGAGUAGAUGCACUUCAAUUACAACUGGUGAAGACGGACCAAUUCCUAGAUGCAAACCUUUCAAGUACACUUAUGAGAAGGAGAUUGUUAUGUAUGCUUACUUCAAGAGGCUAGACUACUUCUCCACUGAAUGCAUCUAUUCUCCAAAUGCAUAUCGUGGUUUUGCUCGUGAGUUCAUUAAAGAUCUCGAAAGGAUCAGACCUAGGGCCAUACUCGAUAUCAUUAGAUCAGGGGAGAAUUUUAGAAUUUCUACUUCCACCAAAAUGCCCGAGCAGGGUACCUGUGAACGCUGUGGUUAUAUCUCUAGCCAGAAAUGGUGCAAAGCUUGUGUAUUGCUGGAGGGACUAAAUCGUGGUCUGCCUAAGCUAGGCAUUGGGCGGAGUCGAGGUCUCAAUAAUGAGGAAAAAAGAGAGAAGAAACAGAGUAAUGGUAUAAGUGCUAUCGAGAGCAAAGCAUGCGGAACUCUGGACUUCUGAUGUAGAAUGUCUCACCUCACCUUGGCAUAUUAUGAGUCUCGUGAAUUGGCCAACGAUAUAUACAAGUAAAGGAGUCUUCUUCAUGUGGGUUUCUAUAUAUGUUUAGGUAAAAUGCAAUAUGAUGGGUUGGCGUUCUCAAAUUUAUGCGGCUCCUUAUGAGGCAAAACAUGUUCAUAUUCCAUUCAUAGGCAGCAAUUGUUCUGUCUGUUACUAAUAUCCCAGCUAGUUAGUUCAAACUCCCGACUUCAGGCAUUAUAUGUCAUAAGUCUGGUGAGAUAACCAAUUAUGUUGUAUGUUACUGAACAGUUUUUUGAAUAAAAAAGACUAAACGUCGUCAUCUUGGGAGU